ACAUUUUAGUUGAAACUUGGGAACCGAGAAGUGAUCAUGAUACUGAAAUUUUUGUUUCUUCUGCCUCUCAUAAUUUUGGUGAUAUCUACCCAAAUUUUGACCCCGUUGAUCUAUCGGUAUUACGAAUAUUGGGAUUACUACUUCGGACCUCCACCACCCGAUGAAGUGUUCGACUUCAUCGUGGUGGGUGCCGGCUCAGCGGGGAGCGUGGUGGCGAACCGACUUUCUAAAAACAAUAAAAUUUUACUCCUCGAAGCGGGCGGAGAUCCAAGUCCGUUCACUUCCAUUCCUCUCCUCACUCCGGAGAAUUUCAUCCUUCCAGAAAAUAGCUGGAACUAUAAAACCGUCCCUCAGAAACUUUCCAAUCAAGCGAUGAAAGACAAGAAAUCUUUCUGGCCACGUGGACGAGCGCUUGGGGGGACGAGUAACCUAAACUACAUGCUGUACAUUCGCGGCAGUCCGUUCGACUACGACAAUUGGGCCAACCUGACUAACGACUCGGGCUGGAACUACAAUAAUUUGCUGCCGUACUUUAAAAAAUCGUUGGACUAUAAUGGAGCUUACAAAGAGAAUGAAAAACACUACGGCCAAACGCCCUACGGGUAUUUGCACGUCGAGCGGAAACGGUAUGAGUCCCCACUCGCAAAAUAUUUUAUGGAUGCCGUCCAUGAACUCGGUUACAAAGAAGUUGACACGAAUGGAGGGCAGCAAGUUGGGUUCGGUGAUGCCGAAGUCACGCAAAAACAUGGAAGUAGGCACAGCACGUGGAAAGCUUUUCUGGAAAAUUUCCAGCACCGCAAAAACUUGGUUAUUUCUCGAUACUCGAUUGCAACAAAGAUUAAACUGGACUCUAACAAUCGGGCCGAGGGCGUUUUUUAUAUGCGACAUGGAAAGAAACGUUUUGCCAGAGCGAGUAAAGAGGUCAUAAUUUGCGAGGGUUCUGUCGACUCGCCAAAACUGCUUAUGCUUUCUGGAAUAGGGCCAAAGGCACACUUAAAUUCUGUAAAGAUAAAACCUAAAGUUGACCUCCCAGUCGGGCAGAAUUUAAAGGAUCACAUCACCACGAGUCUCUUCCCAUUUCUUAUCAACGAUACAAUAUCGACAGUUCCAACUAGAGAUUUCGGCCUUCGCACUAUUCUCGAUUACGUUGUCAACGGGUAUGGCCCACUCACCUCACCUGGAGGCAUUCUCGCCCAAGGGUUUAUUUCAAGUAGCCAAAUCCCCAACAAAAGCUGGCCGGAUCUUCAAGUCUACUUUAUGGGAUUUGGAUUCUACCCAGAAUUUAUGUCUGAUUACUCAAAAACCACGUUGUACAAUGAAACAUUGACUUCUCGCUAUAUGGAAUCCCUCGAUGGAAAAGAACUGGACGCAUUUGGUCUGAUCAUCACCCUCGUCCGACCAAAAAGUGUGGGUCAAAUUCAACUGAAGGACAAAAAUUGGGAAACCCCACCCUUAAUUGACCCGAAGUAUUUGGAAAACCCACAAGACGUUAAAGCCCUCGUGGAAGGGUUAAAAUUUACCCUGAAGGUCUCCGAGGAAACGGAAUCAUUUAAAAGACUUGACGCGAAAUUUGUCGACUUGCCAAACUUUCCGGGAUGUGAGUCAUUCCCUGCUAGAAGCGAUUCGUAUUUUGCGUGCUACAUCCGACAUACUGCAUUCACAUUGUAUCACCCGGUGGGUACUUGCCGAAUGGGACCGCGGGACGAUUCAAAAUCAGUCGUUGACUCGAAGUUAAGGGUGUUGAAGACUCAAAAUCUUCGAGUGAUAGAUUUAUCAAUCGCGCCUGAAAUUGUGAAUGGCAACACGAACGCACCUGCCAUCAUGAUUGGUGAGAAAGGAGCCGAUUUAGUACGGGAAUACUGGUCACAACAAUAUCUUAUUUCUUAUCGUGAUGACGCAUUCCUUCGUAAUGGGUAUCUGCAGUGUUAUUAUUCUAAACAUGUGUAAGGUGUAACGCAAUAUUUGCCAAAAUAAAUAUUAAUCAUAUUAUAUUUUUCAAAAA